UCUUUCUUGGGUUUAAAGAGAGAUUCUUCUUCUUGGUUUUGGUUGUUCGGAGUUUGAAUCGGCGACGACAAACAAAACCCAUCAUCACUACCCCUUUUUUAACCCAUCAAACGGUCAAUGGCGGCUUGUAUUCUUCUCCUUUUCUCAGGAGGUAGGAGAACCUGACCUGGGGGCGGCUAGUUCAUGGGAGAGAUGGAAGAGCCUGGGCAGAUGAAGAGAGCUCUAAUUAACUCUACUGCUGGGGCAUUAUCUGGAGCAAUUUCAAGAACUGUAACAUCACCACUUGAUGUUAUUAAGAUCCGGUUCCAGGUUCAAUUGGAACCAACUACUACACAAGUUUUGCUACAUAAGAAUAUAUUUGGGCCUUCAAAGUACACUGGAAUGGUACAAGCAUCUAAGGAUAUCUUCAAGGAGGAAGGGUUGCGGGGCUUUUGGCGUGGCAAUGUCCCAGCACUACUCAUGGUUAUGCCCUAUACUGCUAUACAAUUUACCGUAUUACACAAACUGAAGACCUUUGCAGCUGGUUCUUCUAAGACUGCGGAUCAUAUCCAUAUAAGUCCAUACAUUUCUUAUAUCAGUGGAGCAUUAGCAGGUUGUGCAGCUACUGUUGGGUCUUAUCCGUUUGACCUUUUACGCACAAUUUUGGCUUCACAGGGUGAACCAAAGGUGUAUCCAAAUAUGAGAUCCGCAUCCAUUGACAUCGUAAAAGUUCGUGGCUUUCAAGGACUUUAUGCUGGGUUAUCACCAACACUAGUUGAAAUAGUUCCUUAUGCUGGACUGCAAUUUGGGACUUAUGACACAUUUAAAAGGUGGGCAAUGGCUUGGAACCAUAAGAAAUCCUUAGAUGCCCAUGCAGCAGGUGAUUCUAUUUCAAGCUUCCAGCUUUUUCUUUGUGGUCUAGCAGCUGGUACAUGUGCUAAAGCUGUUUGUCAUCCUCUCGAUGUGGUCAAAAAGCGAUUUCAGAUUGAAGGGCUGCCAAGACAUCCAAGAUAUGGAGCUCGAGUUGAGCGACGAGCAUACGUGAACAUGUACGAUGCUAUCUGCCAAAUAUUGAAGAAAGAAGGUUGGCAUGGUCUUUACAAGGGCAUUGUUCCUUCCAUUAUUAAGGCUGCGCCAGCUGGCGCAGUAACGUUUGUUGCUUACGAAAUAAUGUCUGAUUGGUUGGAAUCCAUUUUUACUUAAACCCCCAACCUAAUUUUGCUUUCUUUUUGCCAAGGAGUGUGUUAUUCUUUUACUUCAUCAAUAUUAAUUUAUCCAUAUUCUUUCUGCAUACUGUAUCAAUAGUCUAGCUUAGCUUAGAUUGUGUUCAAACAUUUUUAAGCUGUUUUGUCUGAAUAAUGUUUACAUAUUUAAAUGGCAAAGCAUUAAUUAGUCAUUUCUCUUUGCCUUGUUUAA